AUUUUAUAAUGCUAAGUGUUUGUUUUCAAAAACAUAAUGAAGAGUGAGCAUGUUGCAAUUUUACAGUAGAAUGCUUUGCUAGAGAUCAGAUGUGCUUUAGUACUUUAAUAAUUCUCCCCUCCAUGAGUUGAUGUUGAUUACACAGGAUUGUGGAAAAGAAUUGGUGUUAAUUAUGGGAAUAAUAAUUUUUCUUCCAGGAGAAUUUUAAUAUUUCACUUACCCAUAUAUAGUCCAUAAUAGUUUUCUUGCCCUUCAGAAUUUUGCAUUUCCCAGUCAAGGUAACUAAACUCCUUGUGGUUUUCUUUCAUCAUUCUAUGUGAAUUACACCUUUUUGUGGGAGUUCUAGUAGCGUUUCUAAACUCAGAUCAUUAUCAAGGUGCCAUGAGAUGGAUCUUUCAAGAAAAGCUUGUGAUUUAAAACAAAAAGCAGCUUACUCUUAAAAUCAUUAAUUAUAUUCAUGGAAAUGGCUUAAAUAAAUGAAUUAAUUUUGCUUAUGUGUAUUCUUUCUGUAACAUGAUUUUCUCUUCCCUGAGUUAUUUCGGAUAUUGUGUUGUAAGCAGCCUGAGUUACCCUUAGAGUAUAAUUUAAACAGGUGGUUUAUAAAACAUGAGAGAGGUGCAACUGUGUCAGUUUUAAAGGAGAUUUUAUUGCCUGGACCCAGGGCUGCAUCAACUCGGCCACAGAGCUCCCAGUGUAAAUUUUCAGACGUUUUUUUCGUUACUUUCCAUCCCAUCACCCACUGAAACUGAUGUAAAGACAAGAAUGGAGAAGCGGAAGAGUAAAACAGAGAUCACUUCUGUGUGGUGCAUCAUGAAACCACUUUGGGGGAAAUUGGUCAGAUACUGGCUGUAAAUUAGGGGUAAAAGGAAUGAAUAUAGACAGGUUUGUUGGAAUGCUUUCCUGUACAGUUUUGAUGUGGGCUUUUUUGUGUGUUACUUCUCCACAUCAAGAUAAAGACAUUUAGGGCAUAUGCUUUUUUGAAAAUUAUUGUUUUCUGUGCCAGUGUGUAACUACCUUAUUCAUUUUUUUCUUGCAGAGUCAACUGCUCAUUUUAUUUCAAAAUUGGAGCUUGUCGCCAUGGAGACAGAUGUUCUCGGUUGCACAACAAACCAACAUUUAGCCAGGAAGCGAUGCUGUUGUAAGCUUGCCUGUAGUAGAGACCAACCAGUGCUAACUUUCAGACAACUUGAUUUUAAGAAGAACGGUACAAAUACCAUCUUGAUUCAAAACAUCUAUCGUAACCCCCAAAACAGUGCACAGACGGCUGACGGCUCACACUGUGCUGUGAGCGAUGUUGAGAUGCAGGAACAUUAUGAUGAGUUCUUUGAGGAGGUCUUCACAGAAAUGGAGGAGAAAUACGGUGAAGUUGAGGAGAUGAACGUCUGUGAUAACCUUGGAGAUCAUCUAGUUGGAAAUGUAUACGUAAAGUUCCGCCGUGAAGAAGAUGCCGAGAAGGCUGUGAUCGACCUGAACAAUCGCUGGUUUAAUGGGCAGCCCAUCCAUGCCGAGCUCUCCCCUGUGACCGACUUCAGAGAGGCCUGCUGCCGUCAAUACGAGAUGGGAGAGUGUACACGAGGAGGUUUCUGCAACUUUAUGCAUUUGAAGCCCAUUUCUCGGGAGUUAAGGCGUGAGUUGUAUGGGCGACGUCGUAAAAAGCAUAGAUCCAGGUCGAGGUCCCGUGAGCGCCGGUCGAGAUCCAGAGAUCGCGGCCGUGGCGGCGGCGGAGGAGGCGGCGGCCGUGAGCGGGACAGGAGGCGGUCAAGAGAUCGUGAGCGGUCCGGUCGAUUCUGAGCCAUGCCAUUUUUACUGUAUGUCUGCUAGAAAGUGUUGUAGUUUGACCAAACAAGUUCAUAAUGACAUUUUUUUUAAAGAUGGGCUUCUGAAUAAAAAAUUUGUAGUGAUACAGUA